AUGAAGGUCUCAUCACUUAUCAGCUGCUCUGCCAUCUUUGCAUCAGCCUUGGCUUUCCCUACCUAUGGCAAUGUCAACGCCCGCCAGACCUGGCAGCCUAGGAAUUGGACGGCUCCAGGUCCUAAUGAUGCACGCGGACCAUGUCCUGGUCUUAACACUCUCGCCAACCACGGGUACUUGCCGCAUAGCGGGCGGGAGAUCACACGCGAUAUCCUUGCUGAUGCAAUGCUCGAGGGCUUUAACAUCGCCAAGAGCGACGCCAUCAUCCUCUUCUCACAGGCCGUACGCACCAACCCGAAGCCGUUCGCACGUACGUUCAACCUCGACACGUUGGGCCGUGAGGGCGUACUGGAGCAUGACUUCAGCCUGAGUCGCUCUGAUCGCUUCUUUGCCAACCCUAUCCCAUUCAAUGAAACCGUCUGGGCUGAGACAGCCUCCUUCUUCAAGACACCAGAAAUCACCAUACAACAGCUGGCCGACGCCCGCAUGGCACGACUCGAAACGUCGAAGAGCACCAACCCUCAGCACAAGACAUCGUUGUUGGCUGAUGGCUUCAGUUGGGGUGAAUGCGCCUCUUUCUUUGAGAUCAUGGCUGAUGGCACCACGAGCACUGUGAGGAAAGACUUCAUUGAGUUCUGGUUGCGAAACGAGCGCCUGCCUACUGAGAUCGGCUGGACUCGCCGUCCGACUGUCAUGGAGACUAGCGAGCGUACCAAGUUCACACGUCUUUUGAUGGAGGCUGCUGGCCAGGGCACUGGCCUUUCCUCGUUGGCGUGA